AUGGCCAAUGGUAAUAAACCACUUGAUGACGAGGUCGUCAUAUCACGUCGUACUUUGAAUACAUUCGGUGGUGUUUUCUGCUCAGUUACUUUAUCCCAGUUCAGUAGUGUGAUAUUCCUACGUUUAGGGUUUAUCGUUGCUCAUGCCGGUUUAUUGGAGAGUAUAUUACAACUUUUCCUGUCCUAUUUAAUCUUGUUACUGACUGUAUUUUCUAUAUGCGCAAUUAGUACAAAUGGAGCAGUCGAAGGAGGUGGUGUAUAUUUUAUGAUCAGCAGAACUUUAGGUCCGGAAUUCGGUGGAGCUAUUGGAUCGAUAUUUUUCUUGGCACAAGUUUGCAGUGCAGCUUUGUAUAUAUCAGGACUGGUAGAAGCUGUAUUGAUGAAUUUCGGUCCUGGGGGUAUUUUAUUCGAUGGUGUGCUGCCUGGUGAAAACCAUUGGUGGAGUUACCUUUAUGCUCUAGUUGUACUCACGUUGUGUAUGUCUAUCUUGUUAAUUGGCAGCCAAAUGUUUGCUCGUGCUCUGUCUUUCAUACUAGCAAUCGUAAUUAUAGUUAUCGUAUGCGUAUUCGUCAGUUUCUUCCUGCACUCAAAGUUGAUUCCAUUGCCAAGAUCUAACACUCUUAUUUAUAAUUCGUCGAUUCCUAGCAAUGUUACAGCUUUCGCUCAAUUUACUGGUUUAAAUGGAGGUAUAUUAAAAGAAAAUAUUCUCCCUAUGUAUUCUAUUGAUUAUACUACUGGCUCAAUGACGUCAUUUGUGAUUGUUUUCUCUGUACUGUUUUCUGGAGUAACAGGAAUAAUGAAUGGUGCGAAUGUGUCUGGUGAGUUGAAGAACCCUUCUCGAUCGAUUCCUUUGGGAACUCUUUCAGCUUUGCUAUGUACAUCAUUAAUCUAUCUCAUUAUGAUUAUUUUCCUGGCCGCUUCAAACAGCAGAUACCUGUUAUUAAAUAACAAUAUGUUUAUGCAGUCAAUCAGCUUUUGGCAACCGAUCGUGGUUAUCGGUGUUUUUGCGACUACUCUGUCAGCUGCAUUAGGUAAUCUAAUAGGAGCUUCUCGCAUUAUAGAGGCAUUAGCACGUGAUGAGUUGUUCGGCUGUAUACUCCGUCCAGCGAAAUGGACCACCAAACGCGGGAAUCCAAUAGUUGCAGUCCUCUCUGCUUGUUUUCUUUGUCUGUUAAUCUUACUGAUUGGUAGAUUAAAUGCUAUUGCUCCACUUGUGUCGGUUCUGUUUUUACUGGCUUAUGCUGCUGUGAAUUUAGCAUGUGCUGGUCUAGAUGCUGCUUCAGCGCCUAAUUUCAGACCAACAUUUCGUUACUUCAAUUGGAUCACUUCAAUCACUGGUAUGAUCGGUUGUGUAAUUAUGUGUUUACUUAUCCAACCUAUCUAUACUGUAAUUGCAAUAAUUGUUUUGGGAUUGUUAGUUUUUUCCCUUUAUCAACGGCAUUUAGAAUCUUCAUGGGGGAAUAUUGGACAAGCACUUCUGUUUCAUCAGAUUCGUAAGUAUUUACUGCUAUUGGAUUCACGUAAAGAACAUGUAAAAUAUUGGAGACUUCAACUAUUGUUGUUAGUUGCAAAUCCACGUUCAUCAGCUUCUCUUGUUCAAUUUAUGAAUGGUUUAAAAAAGGUGGUUUAUGAAUUCACUGACCAAUCGGACCCAAGUUUAAACCAACGAUGGUAUUGGACGCAGUAUGUGAAAUAUUUGAAAACCAAAGCAUUUGUGGAGGUAACAGUUGACAGAAAUAUACGCAGAGCUAUAUCGCAUCUUAUUCGAAUCUCAGGUUUGGGUGCAAUGCGCCCAAACACGGUGUGUCUAGGAUUUUAUGAUGAUAAACCAUCGAUUGAUGUCCUAGCUCGCAUUUGGAAAGAACGUAAAACAAAAGCUUCCAAUUCAUGGACCAAUCAAAUACACUCAUCUGAUUCUACUGACUUAAUUGUUGAAAAUAAUGGUUCUCAAGCUGCAAACGGUUAUAUAAUAAGUAGUAGCGAACUGCUGGCUAAUUUCGGCUCACUUCAGCAUCAUGCCUCAUCAUCUUCAUUUAUUAGUCAAGAUAGUUCAGACGACCAUUUACAGACCGAUAAUCGUGUUGGUCGUCUAACUUCACAAGAAUACGUUAGUAUUAUUCGAGAAAUUCUCAAUAUGGAGACCAAUGUUCUACUUGCUCGAAAUUUUGACAAAGUGAUUUUUGACGAGGGUAUGUCUGGCUGGGAUAUGGCACGUCGUUAUUUUCGCAAUCUUUGCCAUUCAACCAAUCGUUCAUAUCGUUUCGAUUCUGGUUACCUUGGUGAUUAUACUGGGGAUACAAUGAUGACUGUAGCUAAUGCUAUGCCUCAAAUAAAUCCACACAAAAUUGAUGCUUCAAAGGCCAUAUACUUUGAUAUAUGGCCAGUAAAUCUACUUGACUUUUGCUAUGAACAGUUCAAUUUAUUGUCAUCAAGUGAAGCAGUUCAUGAAAAAGUCAUCGACCGUACUGGUCUUUUUCUUUUACAACUUGCCUGUUUAGUAGCUAGGUCACCAUAUUGGCGUAAACGUCGUCAUCCACCAAAGCUACGUGCAUUCUUUCCAUGUUUAUCUAUCACGAAUCGAAUGAAUGGUUGUAAUGGCGAAGUUAUGACGUCGACUGACGGAACACAUCCUCAUUUGUCUACAUUGUUGAAAAAUUUGCGGAUUCCUGCUGAAAUACAUCUGGUUGACAUGGAUAACACUUUGGUGGGAAGAAAUUCGUUUUCGAACGCUACUAGUAAUAAUGAUAGCAGGAAAACAGUCUAUCUGAAUCAAUUAAUUCUAUCCUACUGUCAUCCAGAUACAACUGCAGUAUUCCUCUACUUACCGAAACCAAAUUCAGACUUAUCUUUGGCUGAUGACUAUUUGAAUCAGUUGAAUAUUUUAACUGAUGCUUUACCACCAACCCUGUUGGCACAUGGUCUGCACGAUGUGACAUCAGCUGAACUGUAA